CUGGUGGGGAACAACACCCCGGUCUUCUUCAUCCGCGACCCCUACAAGUUCCCGGACUUCAUCCGUACCCAGAAACGGCAUCCGAAGACGCACCUGCGGAGCCCCGUGGCCAUGUGGGACUUCUGGUCGCAGUCCCCGGAGUCGCUGCACCAGAUCACCAUCCUGAUGUCGGACCGCGGCUGCCCCACGGCGCCCAUGUACAUGAACGGCUACGGCUCCCACACCUUCAGCUUCAUCAACGCGGACAACGAGCGCUUCUGGGUGAAGUUCCACUUCAAGACCCGGCAGGGGCACCGGCACUACACCAACGCGGAAAGCGCCGAGGUCAUCGGCCGGACCCGGGAGUCCUACCAGGAGGCCCUGUUCGGGAGCCAUCGAGGAGGGCGCGUACCCGAAGUCUGGCCCCACGGCGACUACCCGCUGAUCGACGUGGGCGUGAUGGAGUUGAACCGCAACCCGGAGAACUACUUCGCCGAGGUGGAGCAGGCCGCCCUCUCCCCCUCGAACAUCGUACGGGGCAUCGGCUUCUCGCCGGACAAGGUCCUGCAGGCGCGCAUCUUCUCCUACGCCGACGCGCACCGUUACCGCCUGGGCACGCACUACGAGGCGUUGCCGGUCAACGCGCCCAAGUGCCCGGUGCACCACUAUCACAAGGACGGCCCCAUGCGGUUCUUCGAGCCCCGGCACGGCAAUACCGACGCCUACUACGAGCCCAACAGCUUCGGCGGCCCGGUGCAGGACAAGAGCUAUGCCGAGCCGCCGCUCAAGGUCUCGGGUGACGCCUCCCGCUACGACCACCGGGCGGGCAACGACGACUACACCCAGGCAGGAAACCUGUUCCGGCUGUUCGACGACGGCCAGAAGCGGCGUCUCUUCAGCAACAUCGCCGAGGCGAUGGAUGGAGUCCCGCGGAGGAUCAUCGAAAAGCAGCUCGAGCACUUCGCCAAGGCCGACCCGGCCUACGCGGCGGGGGUGAAGGACGCUUUGGGGUGGCCCGACGCCGCGUGA